ACUGAGCUGCAGCCGUGGAUGAAACAGAUCUUUAUCUCAGCCCUUCAUCUCGGAUAUUGAUUUCGGCUCUUCAUCUCGGCUCUUCAUCUCAGCUUGUAGAAUGGCUCCCUGGUGGCUGAGCUGCAGUACUGCAGCAUUUCUGCUCCUCGUUCACAUCGGCCUCGUGGUCACACAGUCCUGCCUCGGAGGAGGGGUCCCUGGGAUACCUGGGACCCACGGGCCCAACGGCAACAACGGUCCCAAAGGAGCAAGGGGAGAUCCUGGUGAGGCAGCUCAGCCCUUUAGGGGCCACAAGGGGUCGACGGGUCUGCCGGGCCCCCCAGGACGGCCAGGGCUGAAGGGGGACAUGGGCCUCCGCGGGCAUCCCGGUACUCCGGGCUCUCCGGGGCAGAAAGGGAGUCCCUUCAACCCGUUCAACCAGCAGAAAUCUUUCUUCUCCCACAAACGGGUGAUACCACAGGCGCCCCAGGUCGACACCGACAUCCACUUCGACAGUGAGAUUCUGGACCUGGGUGACCGGUUUAAAGGAGAAUCGAUGACUGAGGGGAAGUUCACAUGCGUCAUCGCAGGGAUCUAUUUCUUCAGUUACCACCUUUCAGCAAAGAGCCGAGUGUGUCUGAAGCUGAUGAAGGGCAGUGAAAGCGGCUUGACCAUGUGCGACUCGUCCGAGGGCUUCCUGGUCACCUCCGGCUCGGCGGUCCUGGAGCUGCGUGCCGGGGAGACGGUAUCUCUGCAGACCACCAGGUACAACAACAUCGUGACCAGCCAGAGCAGCACCAGCCACACCUUCACCGGCUUCCUGGUGUCGCCCACUGAGUAGAGGGCCCGACCGACCGAAGACCAAACCCCCUUGCCCCCGCCCCUCGAUUCGUCCAACCGCUGUCGGUGACAUCACAGACGGCUUUUAGGGGGAGAUGUUUACAUCAAUUAAAUCAACAGAAUUAAUAAAGAUUGGCUCAACAGUGA